CAAGUAUGAUGGCGUUCCACGUUAACAACUAACUACCAUGUUUGUUUUAACACCUUUACUUUACUAGAUUUCCGAACAGCUUUGUUUUAACGCGUGUAAUAGAUCAUACACAUAACAAAAAUAUCGAUCAACCAUCAAGAGCAAAACAACUUUUACGUCCAAAUUUCUAUCUUCCAAUCUCCCCUCUUCCAAAUUCCUUCGUCUUUUUCCAAUCUAUCUCUGCAUUUCAGAGAUGAAUUCCAAUUAUGGCAAAUCCAACCCUCAAAAACCAUCCUCCGUUUCCCUCAACAACUUCAAUUUCGAUCUUGAUCUCGGGAUCGGAUCCAAUCGAUCCAAAUCCCUAAAAGAUCAGAAAACCCCCAAUCCCCCAUCCUAUUCUAAUUCUUCUUCGUAUUCAUCGGCUCAACCCAAGAAAACCACAUGGACCCAUCAACCCGUUCAAACUCCGGCCGGGUUACCCGGUGCACCUCCGUCUAUGGUUGGUGACAUCUUCGGUAAGAGUUGGGGAUCAACUCAACCUUCGGGCCCCAGCAUUGGAAUUGUUAAUAAAAACCCUAACCUUUUUGGGGAUUUGGUAACCUCUGCUUUGGGGCAAGGUUCUUCUUCUUCUAAUAAUAAUAAUGUCCCUUUGAAAAAUGCAACUCCAACACCUAAAACUUCUUCCUUUUCAAUGUCAAACAUGGCUAAUUCUUUGCCUAAAAAUGUUAACACUCCACAAAGUGGUUCUACUUGGGGAUCAUCUUCUGGGAGUUUUAAUUUGAAUGCUAAUAAAAGUCCCAAUCUUGGAGGUCCUUCCAUUGGAAGUGGCGGCGGUGUUGGUGUUGGUGUUGGAAUUGGUUCUAAUAAUAAAGAUCCGUUUAGUUCAUUAGCUGGUUUUGGAUCAAAGCAAUCUUCUAGUAUUAAUUCAGCUGCUAAACCUCAAAAGAUUGAUUCAGAAGAUGACGGUUUUGGAGAUUUUCAGAAUGCUUCAAAACCAAGCAAACCAAGCUCUACUUCAUUUCCAUCAAGUGGUAGUGUUGGAAUUGAUGUUGAUUUUAUCGGAUCGUCGGCUUCAAAUCAGACACCAGUUCAAUCUUCAGGUGGUGGCGAUCCAAUGGACAUGUUUUUCACAUCUUCCUCUACUGCCUCAUCUGGUGGUGGUGCUGCUGCUGCAGCCUCUUCUGAAAUUGAUGAUUGGGGUACUGAGUUUGGAGGUGGAAACCAUGAUGUUGGUGGCACAACUACUGAACUUGAUGGGUUGCCACCUCCUCCUGCCGGUGUAUCAGGUUCUGCUGCCAAAGGCAAAGGAAUGGAUAAUUACAAGCAAGGACAAUUUGCUGAUGCUAUUAAGUGGCUUUCAUGGGCUUUCAUUCUUUUGGAGAAAGCUGGGGAUGAUGCUGGCACGGUGGAGGUUUUAUCUUGCAGAGCUUCUUGUUAUAAAGAAGUUGGAGAGUAUAAAAAAGCUGUUGCGGAUUGUACCAAGAUUCUUGGAAACAAUGAAAACAAUGUAUCUGUCCUCGUUCAGCGCGCUCUCUUGUACGAGAGUAUGGAAAAGUACAGACUUGGUGCUGAAGAUCUGAGAACUGUGCUGAAGAUUGAUCCUACUAAUAGGGUUGCUAGAAGUACUGUUCACCGGUUGGCUAAAAUGGCUGAUUAGGAGACAAAACUGUUCGUUUUUUCCUUUCAUUAUAACGAUGUAUACCGACCGCCCCAAAUUUCCUCCUCGUCAUAGUUAGGGGGUGAUAUAAUAUGUAUGGACUGCCUAUGAUUGCUGUCACCCUUCAUAUGAUUUUCAAUGUAUGACUUUUUCUAAUUCUGCCUUAUGUCUUGAACAUAAUAUGUCUUGAAUUCAAUAUUGAUUGCCAUAUUCUUUCUGUGAUUA